AUGGCUUUGGGUAGGUAUGUGGAUCAAGACAGUUCCCAGUCCUUCAGGGAAUUAGACAAGAACCGUGAUGGUCAACUCUCUAGAUCUGAGAUGACCAGCAGAAUACAGGAUAAAGACGAUGACCAAGACGGCCAAGUGACCAGAGAGGAAUAUGACCGUCACGUCGACGCUGAGCACCGUGACCCACAGACCAGAAGAAUUCUGAAGGAGCAUUUCGAUGACCUGGAUAAAGAUAGAAACGGUGUUCUGGACAGACGAGAUGUUGACGCCAUCUUUGAUCAGGCUGACACUGGCAGAGAUGGUCGUCUCUCUGAGGAUGAAUACAAAAGACAAGUUGCCAGACGAUUACGACACAUUAAAGCAUCCUUUAGGGAGGAUAGACAAGAGGCUGACGAGAGAAGCGGGCAAGACAGGAGCAGACAAUUGACAAGAGAGAAGUAUGAAAACAGAGACAGAGAUGACAGCAGAGACAGGGAUGAAAACAGAGAUGAGAGAAGAGACAGAGAUGAAAACAGAGACAGAGAUGACAGAAGAGACAGGGAUGACAGAAGAGACAGGGAUGAAAGCAGAAACAGAGAUAACAGAAGAGACAGAGAUGACAGAAGAGACAGGGAUGAAAACAGAGACAGAGAAGACAGAAGAGACAGGGAUGAAAACAGAGAAGACAGAAGAGACAGGUAUGAAAACAGAGAUGACAGAAGAGACAGGGAUGAAAACAGAGAAGACAGAAGAGACAGAGAUGAAAACAGAGACAGAGAUGACAGAAGAGACAGGGAUGAAAACAGAGAUGACAGAAGAGACAGGGAUGAAAACAGAGACAGAGAUGAAAGAAGAGACAGGGAUGAAAACAGAGAUGACAGAAGAGACAGGGAUGAAAACAGAGAUGACAGAAGAGACAGGGGUGAAAACAGAGAUGACAGAAGAGACAGGGGUGAAAACAGAGACAGAGAUGAAAACAGAGACAGAGAUGACAGAAGAGACAGGGAUGAAAACAGAGAUGAAAGAAGAGACAGGGGUGAAAACAGAGAUGACAGAAGAGACAGGGAUGAAAACAGAGAUGACAGAAGAGACAGGGAUGAAAACAGAGACAGAGAUGACAGAAGAGACAGGGGUGAAAACAGAGAUGACAGAAGAGACAGGGGUGAAAACAGAGACAGAGAUGACAGAAGAGACAGAGGUGAAAACAUAGACAGAGAUGAAAACAGAGACAGAGAUGACAGAGGAGACAGGGAUGAAAACAGAGAUGACAGAAGAGACAGGGGUAAAAACAGAGAUGACAGAAGAGACAGGGGUGAAAACAGAGACAGAGAUGAAAACAGAGACAGAGAUGAAAACAGAGACAGAGAUGACAGAAGAGACAGGGAUGAAAACAGAGAUGACAGAAGAGACAGGGGUGAAAACAGAGACAGAGAUGAAAACAGAGACAGAGAUGAAAACAGAGACAGAGAUGACAGAAGAGACAGGGAUGAAAACAGAGACAGAGAUGAUAGAAGAGACAGGGAUGAAAACAGAGAUAGAGAUGACAGAAGAGACAGGGAUGAAAACAGAGAUGACAGAAGAGACAGGGAUGAAAACAGAGACAGAGAUGACAGAAGAGACAGGGAUGAAAACAGAGACAGAGAUGAUAGAAGAGACAGGGGUGAAAACAGAGACAGAGAUGAAAACAGAGACAGAGAUGAAAACAGAGACAGAGAUGAAAACAGAGACAGGGAUGACAGAGAAGGCAGAUACCGACAAUAA